UUUAGGAGGUGGCAUUCGAUCUGUCGCGAGAUGUAUUUCGGAUAGCAUUUUGGGUGAACUCGUUGGAGAGAUAGGGUUGUAUUGUUCUCUUAUGUUGAUUUUAAUUGAUUUCAGGAUAAUAUGAAAAGGACUUUGGCAACGACAGGGGAAAAAGAGCUCCCCACAGUGCCGGAGACGGUGUUAAAACGAAGGAAACGACGUGCAGAGCAGAGAGCUAAAGCUAAUGUCAGAAAGGCCAAGCUUGCUUUGAAGGCGAGAAAAAAGAGGCUUGCGAUUUUCAAGCGCGCUGAAAAAUACGUGAAGGAACAUAGACAACGUGUACGACAAGAAAUUCAGUUAAAGCGUGAAGCCAGAAAAGUGGGCAAUUUCUAUGUCCCUGAUGAAGCACGUCUUGCUUUCGUGAUCCGAAUCCGUGGUAUCAACCAAAUGCACCCACGGCCGCGCAAGGUUCUGCAACUCUUUCGUUUACGACAAAUAAACAAUGGCGUUUUUGUUAAAUUAAACAAAGCUACACUCCAAAUGUUGCGUAUUGUGGAGCCAUACGUUGCGUGGGGAUAUCCGAGCAUGAAAACGGUCCAUGAUCUAAUCUACAAGCGUGGUUACGCGAAGAUUAAUGGCCGACGCAUACCAAUCACGAACAAUUCUAUUGUUGAAAGUGCGCUUGGGAAAUGUGACAUAAUUUGUAUGGAAGAUCUUGUGCAUCAAAUCUUCAAUGUGGGUCCCUAUUUCAAGCGUGCUACGAACUUCUUAUGGCCUUUCAAACUGAAUAACCCGUCAGGUGGUUGGACGAAAAAAACAAAUCAUUUCGUUGAGGGUGGUGACUUCGGUAAUCGUGAAGAUCAGAUAAAUGCCUUGUUAAAGAAGAUGAUUUGAUUGGUUUUUGUGAAGAAUGAUUUUUUUUGUUCUGAUAAAGGUAACGUUAUUUGCAGACUCUUUAACAAUUUGAUUACAUCAGCUCUGAGAAUUUGGAGAGUAAUGAAUGAUAUGAUAUUC